AUGGACGAAUUGAUAGUAUCUUUCCUCGAUUUCACAGGUACUCUGGAUGAAACUGUAGCUAAGCAAUAUUUAGAUCUCACAGGUAAUAAUUUAGAAUAUGCCGUUCAAUUAUUUAUGGAGAAUGGUGGACCCGUAGGAGGCGAUAGUGGAAGCAAUGAUGCUGAAUUGGCAGAAAGAUUGCAACAAGAAGCAUAUGGAAAUGAUGAGGUGAGGGAAGCUGAUAGCAAUAUUCAUAGACAUGAAACUUUAGUGGAUUCAUUUGAUUUUGUACCCCCAUCAAGACCAACUGAUAUAUUUGGUAGUGGAAGGAUCGGGAUUUUCAAUCAAAGAUUUGACGAUGAAGCCAAUGAAUAUUUCGAAAAUAGAAGUGAAGAUGAAGAUGAUUCUGAUGAAUCGGAUGAAAUUAUAGAAUUAGAUAGUGAUGGUGAAGUUAUAGAAAGACCUCGUAGACCGGGAAGUAGAAGAAGAAGGGUAAGACAAGAGAGAAUAAAUGAAUUGAACAGCACACAAAGAAGAUUAGCCAAUUUGUUCCGACCACCUUUUGAUAUAAUGCAGAAAGUAGAUAUUGAUGGUGCUAAAACUUUAGGUAGAUCAGAGAAGAAAUGGAUCUUGGUGAAUAUUCAAGAUGCAACAGAAUUUGUUUGUCAAGUAUUGAAUAGAGAUUUUUGGAGUAAUGAUGACGUUAAGCGUAAGGUGAAGGAAAAUUUUAUCUUCUUACAAUAUCAACAUGAUUCGCCAAAUGGGGAAAGAUAUAAAAACUUUUAUACUUUGGAAAAAUAUCCUCAUAUUCUGAUUUUAGAUCCUUUAACUGGAGAAAGGGUUUACAAAUUUACCGAAGGUGAAGUUCCCAACGUUGAAGAGUGGUUGGAAGAAGUCGAUGAAUUCUUAAACAAGUUUUCAAUCUUUGGUGCUAACAAUCCAACUAUUCAUCACGAAAAGAAGUUCAAUCCGGAAGAAUUGACCGAAGAACAACAAAUUGAGUAUGCUAUGAAACAAUCCAUGGGUAAUUCUAAUUCAGAAUCUCAACCACCACCUGAAGUUGAAGAAGAACAGGGUGAUGUUUUCGAUAGAAUUGAAGCUAAGGAUCACGAGGUUGAUGAUUCAGAACCCACCACUAGACUUCAAAUCAGAUUCCCUAAUGGUAAGAGAUUGGUUCACAAAUUCAAAUUAUCUGAUACAAUAGAAACUAUUUAUAGCUGGCUUAAAUUCGCUCAAGAAGAUUAUGCUAGAUUUAAUUUAUCUAACGCAAGUGAUAAGUCAUUUAAGAUGAUUGAUUCAUUACAAAUGACUCUAGAAGAGAGUAAAUUGAAGAAUGCUUCAAUAUUAUUAGAGAGUGAGUAG